AUGGUGGGAGUCACCGGCCAGAGUGGACUUUCCACGGAGCAGAGGAAGCGUUUGACGGUGGCUGUUGAGUUGGUGGCGAAUCCGUCGAUCAUAUUCAUGGACGAGCCAACGACGGGGCUGGACGCAAGAGCAGCUGCAAUUGUGAUGAGAGCUGUGAAGAACGUUGCUGAGACUGGACGAACUAUUGUGUGCACUAUUCAUCAGCCUAGCAUUGACAUCUUCGAAGCUUUUGACGAGUUGGUGCUUCUGAAGAGAGGAGGUCGCAUGAUUUACACUGGACCACUUGGACAACAUUCUUCUCAUGUCAUUCAGUAUUUUGAGAGUAUCCCUGGAGUUACUAAGAUCAAAGACAACUACAAUCCAGCAACAUGGAUGCUAGAAAUUACUUCACAGUCUAUAGAGACUGAACUCAACAUAGAUUUCGCAGAAAUCUACAACAAAUCUGAUCUUUACAAGAGCAACUCCGAGCUAGCUGCAGAGCUGAGCAAACCGGAUACCGGUUCAACCGAUUUGCAUUUCGACAGAACUUUUGCGCAGAGUUGGUGGGGACAGUUCAAAUCUUGUCUAUGGAAGAUGAGUUUGUCUUACUGGAGAAGCCCUUCUUACAACUUGAUGCGAAUCUUUCACACUUUAUUCUCUUCUUUGAUCUUCGGUGUACUCUUCUGGAAGCAAGGACAAAAGAUAGAUACACAACAGAACUUGUUCACAGUUCUUGGUGCAAUCUAUGGCCUUGUGCUCUUCUUAGGUGUAAACAAUUGCACUUCAGCAUUACAAUAUUUUGAGACCGAACGAAACGUUAUGUACCGUGAAAGAUUUGCUGGAAUGUACUCUGCGUUUGCUUAUGCAUUGGCUCAAGUUGUGACCGAGAUUCCUUACAUUUUAAUACAAAGCGCAGAGUUUGUGAUAGUGAUAUAUCCUAUGAUGGGUUUAUACGCAUCUGCAUACAAAGUCUUUUGGAGUCUCUACGCAAUGUUCUGUAAUUUACUAUGCCUCAACUACCUUGCAAUGUUCCUCAUCUCUGUCACUCCAAACUUCAUGGUCGCAGCUAUUCUCCAGUCUCUUUUCUUCGUUGCUUUCAACCUUUUUGCUGGUUUCUUGAUUCCACUUCCGCAAAUACCAAAGUGGUGGGUCUGGCUUUACUACCUAGCUCCAACCUCUUGGACUCUCAACGUGUUCUUCUCGUCUCAGUACGGUGAUAUUCAAGAAGAGAUCAGUGCCUUUGGAGAAUCCACGACUGUUGCGAGAUUCUUGGAGGACUACUUUGGAUUCCAUCAUGAUCGUUUGAUCUUUUCAGCCAUUAUUCUCAUCGCAUUCCCAAUAGCACUAGCUUCUAUGUUUGCUUUCUUUGUUGCGAAGCUUAACUUUCAAAAACGAUGAUAUAUAUAUCAUCAUCAAUCAUACACCAGAUCAAGCUUUUCUCUAUCUAUAUUUUAUGUUAGAAUAGUUAUCAAUUUGUCACAAAUCUAUAUUAAUGAGAAUAUAUGUAAACAUUGCAUGGUUAAAAUUAUAACCAGGACACAAUGCUGC